UGAAAUAUCAAGUUGUGUUCAGCGCUGGGACGGUUAUUUUCUAUUUGGCAGCAUGUUAUGAUUGCUCAGAAAUCAUUGGGGGCAAAGAAGUGGGAAAUCAUUCCAAACCAUACAUGGCAUCAAUCCAGAUGAAAAGACAGCAUAUAUGUGGAGGAGUGUUGAUAAAGCCAAACUGGAUUCUGACUGCAGCACAUUGCAAUCUUUUUUUUAAAAACAGGCAAGUCCAAGUGGUUCUUGGAAUUGAUUCACUGAGAAGUAAUGAAAUCUCGCAGCAAGUAUUGAAUGUGAAGCGUAAAAUUCCACAUGAGUGUUUUGACGUUAAAAGCAAAGAAAAUGACAUCAUGUUGCUCCAACUGGAGUCUAAGGCAGAACUUAACAAGUUUGUGAGCCUUCUACCACUGCCACACAAGGAAUCGGAUUUGAAAGAGGGAACGGUCUGCACGGUUGCGGGAUGGGGAACAACAAAAGCAAACUCAAACAAAGCAUCUGAUUCGCUCAGAGAAGCAGACGUAACCAUCAUAGACAGAAAAACGUGCAACAGUCGGAAGUAUUAUAACCGCCAGCCCUUAAUAACUGAGAAUAUGCUUUGUGCUGGCGACAAAAAGGGAAGGAGAGAUGCAUGCAUCGGAGACUCAGGUGGACCACUGGUUUGUAAGAAGCAACUCAGAGGAAUUGUAUCCUAUGGAAAAAGUUGUGGACUUCCCAAAAAGCCUGGUGUUUAUACAAGGAUCACAAAUAAAUAUAUUCAUUGGAUUCAGCAAUUAAUAGAUUCCAUAAUGAACUUUUUGCAGCUCAGUCUGUUUGUUCUGAUUGCCAUCUCCUUCACCCCAGCCAAUUAUGGUGUGGAAAUUAUUGGAGGUCGUGAAGUUAAACGCCAUUCAAAACCUUAUAUGGUAUCAAUCCAAAAAGCUAAAGGCAAAGAGUCAUAUCAACAUAUCUGUGGAGGUGCUUUGAUCAGUAAAAACUGGGUACUAACUGCAGCACACUGUAAAAAACGUCUAGGAAGUCAUCCUCGAGUUGUUCUUGGGGUGCAUUCCCUUUCACAGAAUGAAAAACAUCAACAAAAGUUUAUUAUUCAAGACAAAAUAACUCAUUCAGGCUUCAACAGUAGAACCCCGGAAAACGACAUCAUGUUAUUGAAAUUGGAGAAAAGUGCAGUGAUCAACAAAUAUGUGAAUGUGCUUAAACUUCCGAAAGAUAAGAUCACCGAUGUGAAACCUGGAACAACAUGCACGGUGGCAGGAUGGGGAAGAACAAGUUUAUGCUCAGAAAAUGCAUCUGACACACUUCAGGAGGUGAAACUAAAAGUUAUAGGUCGCAAAACAUGUAACAGUGCGGAUUAUUACAAUCAUACACCUGAAGUAACCCAGGACAUGAUCUGUGUUGGUGAUAGCAAAGGCAGAGGCGAUUCAUGCAAUGGUGAUUCAGGCGGCCCUUUGAUAUGCCACAACACGUUUAGAGGGAUUGUGUCCUAUGGAGAGAAAUGUGCAGAUCCCAAGAAACCUGGGAUUUACACUUUACUGACAAAGAAAUACCUUGAUUGGAUUCAGAAUACGAUUGGUGUGCAAGUUUAUAAUGUGACCGCUGAAGAGCUGUAUUGAGUAAUCAGCAUCCUGCUUCAUCCUGCUUCAUUCUGCUUUACUUACAGUGAUGCUCAAUUAAUUGGCUAGGAGGACUGUCUUGCUUCCAUCAGAUUUUUAGUACAUUUUAUAACACCUUACAAUAAAAAAAAACUGUCAUUGAAAAAAUCCUGACUUGAGAAAUUCCCUGUUCUCUGAUGAAAGGUUUAUGAGAUGAGACAGUGACUUCUUUAAUUUAAGGAAGAGGAUAGACUAGCUUUAUGGAACUUAAGUUUGGAGAUGUAGACAGUAGAGACAUUUAGAAUCUAGGUCAAAAUAUCAAGCAAACUUUUAACUGGUGAACUGAAGGUUCAAAACUUAGAAAUCAGAUAAUAGGUACACAAGAUUGCAGAUGCAGAGGAGAUGAAGAAACUGAGAAAAGGGAAUGGUAUUUUUACAGGAGACAGGGUGGGAAGAGGUCUAGUCAAGAUAACUGUGAGAGCCAGUAGGCUUAUAAAAAAUAUCCAUUGCAGAAACAGCUCCUUAGUGUCUAUCACUGCAAACAUAAUUACAAGGUCCUCCUCAAUUAUAUUCUCCCAAUGACAAAAUGUGCCUCCUCAAAUAGCAAUUACAUUUCACACAGCAUAACAUGAUCUUCACCACAUAUAACACAAAGUACAAGCAAUAGCACCAGACAUGCUAACCAUAUUUAUUCAUUUGGUUCUGUCAACCAAAAGCAAAUAUCUUUCUCAAAUUUCCCCUGCCUUCAGAUAUUAAUCUCCAUUCAACUUCUGCUAUUUGAUAGCACACAAAAUGCACUUCUAAGAAACAAUUCCAUACAGACUGAAUCCUAAUGCAGACUGCU